CCCCGCGCCUCCGAGGCUGCAGGAUGGUGUCCUGGAUGAUCUGUCGCCUGGUGGUGCUGGUGUUUGGGAUGCUGUACCCAGCUUAUGCUUCUUAUAAGGCUGUGAAGACCAAGAACAUUCGUGAAUAUGUCCGGUGGAUGAUGUACUGGAUUGUCUUUGCACUCUUCAUGGCGGUGGAGGCCUUCUCAGACAUCUUUAUUUCCUGGUUCCCUUUCUACUACGAGAUCAAGAUGGCCUUCGUGCUGUGGCUGCUCUCGCCCCACACCAAAGGAGCCAGCCUGCUUUACCGCAAAUUUGUCCACCCAUCCCUGUCCCGCCAUGAGAAGGAGAUCGACACCUACAUUGUGCAAGCCAAGGAGCGCAGCUACGAAACGAUGCUCAGCUUUGGGAAGCGGGGCCUCAACAUUGCUGCAACAGCAGCUGUGCAGGCUGCCACCAAGAGUCAGGGUGCGCUGGCUGGAAGGCUGCGCAGCUUCUCCAUGCAGGACCUGCGCUCCAUCCCCGACACCCGUGCCCCCAACUACCAGGAUCCGCUCUACUUGGAGGACCAGAUGCCCCGCCACAGACCACCCAUUGCGUACAGAGCAGGGGGCCUGCAGGACACCGACACGGAGGAGGAGUGUUGGUCAGAUACAGAAGCAGUGCCCCAGCCGCUACCCCGGCCCCGAGAGAAGCCUCUGAGCCGCAGCCAGAGCCUGCGCACGAUCAAGAAGAAACCGCUGGUUCGAGAGGGCACCUCGCGCUCCCUGAAGGUCCGGUCAAGGAAGAAGACUGUGCCCUCAGACAUGGGCAGCUAGUGAAUACAGAGCCUGCCCAGUUUUACCUCAUGCCCUGCAGAGCACUAGGGGCUGUUUGGAGGGGCCCUCUGGCUGCACAUCGGGCCUGCCUGCACCAGCUGCCCAGGCUCUGCCCUCCUGGCUCCUGCUGUUGGUUACGGGCCAGGGCAGGUGCCAGGGAUGACC